UAUUAGCCUGUCUGUUCCUUGUCCGAAAUGUUUUCCCCCCAUUUUGAUUUUUCUACCUAAUGAAUCACAAUUGGGUAUUGAUGCAAAUUAUUAGCUAUAAGCAAAGCAAUACAACACCAUGUCUCAAGAUUCGAAUGCGUUAGAGAUGAUCCAAAACGAAGGGCCUAAGUGGGACGAUGGAUUUGACCAUGAUGAUGUGACAAAGAUAUAUUUGGUAGGUGGUAAAACCGGCAUAGAUUUCAUCAAGAUUGACUAUGUCAAGUCUGGAAAACCGAAAAAUGGACCAUUCCAUGGAUAUUCGGGUGGAGGAUUUCUGCAGAUGUUUGAGAUUGACAAUCUCAAAAACGAAUAUCUAGAAUCCGUUGAGGGUUACUACACCAACAGAAGUGGCGAGUUCAUUGGAGCAAUUCAAUUCAAAACCAACUUGAGGGUUUCCGAAAUCAUAGGAUAUUCAUAUUGGGGUUUAAAAAAAUUUAAACUGGCAAAACAUGGAAAUAAAAUCAUUGGGUUUCAGGGAUCUGCUGAGUAUCGCCUUAAAGAUCUUGAUGCAUAUUUCACUCCCAUCACUCCUACAAGAAUGGAAGCGCAAGGGGGAAAUGGAGGAACAAAGUGGGAUGAUGGAGGUGACCAUGAUAGUGUAACAAAGAUUCAAGUACGUAUUAAUAAGGAAGGCAUACAAUAUAUCAAAUUCAAUUAUGUCGACAAGGAUGGAGAUCCGGAGAAGGAGCAACUCCAUGGCUCAGAGACGGGUAGAGGAUACACGCUAGAACCGUUUGAGAUUAACCAUAGCGACAAGGAAUAUCUGCUAUCUAUUGACGGUUGCUACGACGAAGAUUCUGGUGUAAUUCAAUCACUGCAACUCAAAACCAACAUAAAGACUUCAGAAGUAAUGGGAGACGAUGAAAAGGGUACUAAGUUCACACUUGGAUGCAACGGCCAUGAGAUCAUUGGGUUUCAUGGAUCUGCUCAGGAUAACCUAAACGCUCUUGGAGCUUAUAUCACAACCCUUACUCUAACUAAAUUAGAAUACAUAGGUGAAGGAAGUGACAUUUGGGAUGAUGGUACUUUCGAAGGUGUAAAAAAGGUGUCCUUUUAUCAUAAUGAUGGUAUAGUAAGGUGUAUCGAGUUCGAUUACGUUAAGGACGGCAAAAUCGAAACCCGUGUGCAGGGGGGGAAGAGGGGAACGGGUGAUUUUACAAAAGAAGAGUUUACAGUGGACUAUCCAAAUGAGUUUCUCACUUCUGUGGAGGGGACUUAUAGAGACAACCCUGGCGGCACUCUUAUAACGUCGUUGACUUUCAAAACAUCAAAUAAUAGAACCUCUCCAAUACUGGGAAAGGCAUCUAAUAAAACAUUCUUGCUCGAGAGCAAAGGUUGUGCUCUUGUUGGGUUCCAUGGAGCAUCUUCGGAUUUUUUUCUUUAUGCUUUAGGAGCAUAUUCUUUUCCGAUGACUUCUCUUGCUGAAGCGGGCCGGGGAGCCAUACACACAAGCUGGUGAUAGAGGAGCUUCCCAAGACAACGGUGGUUUCGACGAUGUUUGAUCAUCUUCAUGUUUGAGACCAAAUGAAACUUUCUCCACUAAGCUUUAUCAUGCUCUUUAAUGUAUCGUAAUCCUCU